UGUCAAGUUGAUGCAGUCGGGUCGACGUCCGGGCCUUGUUUUAACGUAGCUAAUGGGAAUAAAGCAUACGGAUUUUUCAAUUAAUCAAAGACAAUAAUCCUCAGUCGCUGAUUUAGAUAUUUAUGUUACGCUUGCGAAAGCGAGUGGGUGCUACUAUUGUAUCAAAAUAAUUAAAGAAUUUUACGGCUUAUCUAGAAGGUAGCUAGUAAAUUAAACCGGCGGCGAAUUGUGAUUUUUCGCAUAGGACCGAACAGAAUCUUAAAAAUGUGGAGGACACUGUUUCAUCUUUUUAGUGCCAUCCAAUUUUUCUAUGGAUGUUACUAUGACUACAGAUAUGUCAAUAUACCAGUUACUUCAUCUGCUGUUACACCAUUUGGAGGCAAAUUUAAAUAUUUGACUUAUUGGGAUGCUAUGAUUCAAACUGCAUAUUUUACCUUGGCACUGUUAAAUGAUCUUUUCGGGAAUAAUGAGCCAUCACCAUCUGAGAAGCCUCUUAUUAGAAAAAUUAAGGACACUGUUUUCAGUUCAUUAGCAUUUCCACUGGCCAUAUUUGUGGGAGUAUCCUUUUGGGGUAUAUAUGCUGUUGAUAGAGAGUUGAUCUUACCUAGGAGCAUGGAUCCCUACUUCCCUCUGUGGUUGAAUCAUGUGAUGCACACCAAUAUUGUAGUGUUCAUUCUUAUUGAUCUCCUUACAUCAUUCAGGAUGUAUCCAAAGAGGAAAGCUGGAUUGUCCAUUCUUUCUAGUUUUAUGAUUGGCUACCUGGUGUGGAUACAUGUUAUUUACUUCAAUACUGGAAGCUGGGUGUAUCCUAUCCUUAAUGUCCUCAACUGGCCACUGAGAAUUUGCUUUUACAUAUUCUGUCUGGUACUGUCAUGCUGUACAUACACUUUAGGUGAAACUAUCAACAAGGCCGUUUGGUCCUCUGAGGUAGAAAAAACAGUUAGAUCUGGGAAGAAAAAGGCCAAAUAAUGGAAAAAGAAAGUUUAGAUAAUAGCCUAUUUGUAAACCUAGCUUCUUGCUCUGGUUUAGUACCUAAAAAUUUAAGUUGGUGAAAGUUUUAAGGUGUAGGCUAAUUAAUUAAAGCUUAUGGGUUACAAUUAUAGACAUCUAUGUAUAUAGAAUAAAACAUGAGUGAUUUAAUAUGCUUAUGUUAUAUUUGAAUUAAAUUUUGUGUUCUUACUUGCCUGUUAUUAGGUCAGACUCUUAAAGUGAUAACAAAUAACCCCAGUUAGUAUUUUUAAAACAUUUAAACCUAUUUCGUUAUAAAACAUCUUGAUUAAAUUAAUACCCUUGAAUUGUAAUUUACCAAAUGGUGCAUUUAAAAACAAAUUCAAAUAUUUUUUGUUUAUUUCAUUUACAAAGCAUUUGUAGUAAUGAUAUAAACGCAAAUAACAUAUUUCCUCAUCUCGCGUGAAUAGUGAUUGUGUGUGUUUGAAAUAUAGGAAAAAGGGUCUGGACUUAAUCCUGACACUAUUCAUGUUUACUCCAAAUAUUGGAUGUAAUGUAUUCGAUACGCUUUAUAUAUCAAUUCAAUAGAUAGCAUGAGUAAGUUUUCUAAAAACACCAAACAAUUCUAUUUUAGAAGUAUAAUGUUCAUAAUGAUGGUAGUUUUGCCUAUAAUUGCAGCAUUUCGCAACGUAUUUACCCAGCAUUGUUAAAUGAUUAAUUAAUAUAAUUGCCGUUGUUCUUAGUCUCUGUAGAUUGUAGUUUGUUGAUUACGUAAUAGUUAUAGAGAUAACCAGUCUUAAUACACUGAUAAAGACGACAUAGGUAUUGGUUGUGAAUGAACUCAGCAAUAAAUAUAUCUCUCGCGACUAAUAUAAUAACUGUUAUUCUUAUUACGUACGUAAUGUCUGUUCUUUAUAAGACCAAAGUAUUUUCAGAAUUUUAUGCAUGUUAUACUAUGGAAAAAAACCAAACUAGAAAAAUUACCGGUUUUAUACUUGAUAUUGGAGAUAUCACCUGAUAUCUACUUAAAAAAUGAAAGAAACAAUGAGUGUUGCAAAUGUUGAUAUCUUGGCAUUAACAUCGUGCAACGCACGUGAUUACUAAUUUGUACUUUGAACUUUUAUUGCUUAAUUGCCAUCACUGACCUUAGAGACUUUACAACUUCGUAAAUGCACACGUAACUGACGCACACGAUUCUUUAAUGUUCAAUAAAAUUCAUGUCAAUUUACAAGAAAGUGCUCCUCCCGCUGCUAUUGCUUUAGCAAAAAUAUUAUAAGAUAUUAUUUUGAAUUAGAUACUUAAAAUUGUUACUACGCGAUGUCCUAGGCUUCUUUAUCUAAAGUCACAUAUUAUCGAAUUAUUGACUUUGAUUUCUUCGUAAAUAUUAUUAAGAACAAGAUUCGUUCAAUAUUAAUGUUAGCUCCUUAGAGAAUAACAGUAAAAAAAUAUAUUUACCUAUGAAUGUAAUGUAACUUGGCCUGAUUAAAAUAGUACCUUAAAUAUUAGCAGAAUUGCUUAUGAGAUACAAAUUGAUAUUUUACUUAGGGCUUUCCUACUAGCAAAAAUAAAUUUAGGUCGUACGGCCAAAUACUCAAGAUAAAUAUUAUAGUCGUUAUGAUAUUUAUAAGUAAAAACUCUAUGAAGCAAUAUUUAUUAUUAAUUUUAGAUACAAUGACAUUCCGAAGUAGUUUAGGCUUGAUUAAGCCUUUUUAAUGCUUUAGUAAUUGUGAAAUACGUAGGUAUCUACUAAGAUAAUGAGGUUGAAUUGAGAUGUAAAGAAAGUUUCCAUAAAACCAAAUAAAUUUUGUGAAUACUUAAUUCAUACUACUGUUAAAAUUUAUUAAUGCAUAAGCUCUAUUAGCAAUGGCUAGUUCUUAAUUUAAGGUAGGUAAUUAGAACUCCAGUGUUCAAUUUAAGGAGGUAAGAAGAAAGCUUUGCGCCAUAAAUAACUACUGGCUUACCAACUAGAAAGAGUGAUCACCUAUGUACGAACGAUUAUCAAUUGUUUCUAUUAUCUAUUUUUUCACGUUUCGUUGAAAUAUUAAUUUAUGUUAAUUAUUUGUGAAACCUUAUUAUUUUUCAUGUGUUAUAUUUUCCUAUGGGUCUUCUUAUUUCCGUAUAAUUUAUUGAUAGCGUUGGAAAUUACAAGCUUCGCUAUUUUAUUAAUGGAAUAUAACAUUUUUGAUGUAAAUCACUGCGAUAAAUUUCUCUUUUUUGAACUGCAGUUAUGUGUACAACAAAAAUUGCCAUUUGUCUGAAUUAUGUUACUUAAAUUUAAUAUAAUUUGUACUAUUGUCUGCCCUUCGGUGCCUACUUAUUGUGGUCGAGUGCCUAUUCUGCCUAAAAAUAGUAGUGUGUUAAAUAACACAAAUGAACUACGUUACCGAUCACUAUGUAUAAGAAAGCAAUAAAUUUUAUAAUAAAUACAUUGUUUAUAUCGUAA